AUGACGAACAAGUGGUUAUUAUGGCUGACGCUGUCUGCCAUCACCGCCGCUUGGCACAGCGAGGCAAAGUCUGCGGUGAACAUGUUCUCUUCCAUGUCCGAGAUGUCUGGAAAAAUAAAAGGAGUGAGUCCCAUCCACAAUGGCCAGGUUUGCAGUACAUGGGGAAACUUCCACUUCAAGACCUUUGAUGGGGAUGUUUUCCAGUUGCCCACCACCUGCAACUACGUCCUGACCUCUUCAUGCAGGAGCAGCUACAACGACUUCAACAUCCAGAUAAGAAAAGAGGAGAUUGCCGGCCAUCCCGUCAUCAAGCAAAUCAUGAUGAAGCUGGACGGUUCAGUGGUGGAGCUCUCAAACGGUUCAGUGGUCGUUGAUGGGAAAGAAGCCAGUUUACCGUUCAGUCACUCAGGAGUGUUUAUUGAAAAAACUCCCACCCACAUCAAAAUCAAAGCAAAUUUGGGAUUGUUUGCUACCUGGAAUGAGGAGGACUCUUUUCUGGUGGAGCUAGACGAGAAAUACAGGAACCAAACGUGUGGUCUCUGUGGAGACUUUAAUGGGAUCCAGCUAUACAACGAGUUCUACAGUCACGGUGUAAAAAUUUCCCCCGUGGAUUUUGCCAACUUCUGGAAAAUGGACGGUCCAACUGAGAGCUGCUCCGACUACAUACAGGAACCAAUGAAGAGCUGCAAGGACAUGAAACCUCUGUGUGAGCAGAUCCUCACGGGGCCGGCCUUCAACAGCUGUCACAGUCGGCUGGACGUUGACGCCUUCACCUCUGCCUGCACCACUGACCUCUGCCAAUGCGGCAACAGCACAGAUGAACGAGCAGACCCUUUCUGCCUGUGUAACACCGUGUCAGAGUUCUCCAGACAGUGCGUCCAUGCUGGUGGCAAGCCCCACAACUGGAGGGCCAAAGAGCUCUGCUGGAAGUCAUGUCCUCUCAAUAUGGAGUACAAGGAGUGUGGAAGUCCUUGUGCUGAUACCUGCUCCAACCCAGAGGCCAGCCACACCUGUGACAACCACUGUGUCGAUGGAUGCUUCUGCCCCGCAGGCAUGGUGCUGGAUGAUUUAAACAAAAAAGGUUGUGUUCAACUGAGCAAGUGCUCCUGCAGCUACAACAACAAAAUCUACGGACCUGGAGAGUCCUACUCCAGUAACUGCAAAAAAUGUGUUUGUGCGAGUGGUGAGUGGACGUGUAAGGAGGAGAACUGCCCAGCAACCUGCUCUGUGGAGGGUGGAGCUCACAUUAACACCUUUGAUGGAAAAAUCUACACCUUCCAUGGGGACUGCUCCUACACUCUGGCUAAGGACUGCAAUGGAACCCAGUUUGUGGUACAGGGAGAACUGGCCCAGUGCGGACUGACUGACAGUGAAACCUGCCUCAAGUCUGUUACUCUAGGACUGUCCAGAGCGACCAAUGUGAUCACCAUACAGCCCAGUGGCAAGGUCUUUGUGAACGGCAUCUACGCUCAGUUACCAUUUUCUGCAGUCGGGAUCUCGGCCUUCAGAGCAUCUUCUUUCUACCUGCUGAUCCAGACUUCUGUCGGCAUUCUGCUGGAAGUGCAGCUCCAGCCAAUCAUGCAGCUCUACAUUAGAGUGAGCAGUGACUACAGGGACAAGUCCUGUGGUCUGUGUGGGAACUUCAACAAUAACCAAGCUGACGACUUCCUGAAGCUCAGUGGUGUUCCAGAAUCCACAGCAGCUGGAUUUGUCAACAGCUGGAAGACACAUGGCAGUUGUAAAGAUAUUAAGAGGAGCUUUGGCAACCCCUGCAGUCUUAGUCUGGACAAUGAGAAUUACGCUGUGCACUGGUGCUCCAUGCUGAGUGAUCCUCAGGGAGUGUUUGCCCCAUGCCACCAAGAGAUCAGUCCUGACUGUUACAAGGAGAACUGCAUGUAUGACAGCUGUAACUGUGAGAAAAGCGAGGAGUGCAUGUGUGCUGCAGUCUCUUCUUAUGUGCAUGCCUGUGCAUCUGCAGGUAUCCAGAUCAAUGGCUGGAGGAAGACCAUCUGUGGGAAAUACGCCAGCUCCUGCCCGAGCAGUAUGGUCUACUCCUACAACAUCACGGCCAGCAGUCGCACCUGCCACUGCCUCAGCACCACAGAUCUCAGCUGCCACCUCUCCUUCCCGCCCAUCGACGGCUGUAUCUGUGCAGAGGGAACUUACCUGGAUGACUCUGGGAAGUGUGUUCCAUCUAAGGCCUGUCCCUGUUACGACCAAGGCUCUGUGGUGUCUCCUGGAGAGGUGGUCAGCAAGGAUGGAGUCAUGUGCACCUGUAAGGAGGGCAAACUCAGCUGCAUUGGAGAAAUACAAACAGGAACCUGUUCUUCUCCCAUGGUGUUCUUCAACUGCUCUGCUAAUGGUCCCGCUGCAAAAGGAACUGAGUGUGAGAUGAGCUGCAACACAUUAGACAUGGACUGUAUGACCACAGGGUGUGUCUCUGGCUGCAUGUGUCCACAUGGGUUGGUAUCUGAUGGUAAAGGACGCUGCAUCAAGCCAGAGGCCUGUCUCUGUGAUCACAAUGGGAUCCCCUACCAGCCUGGAGAGACCACCAGGGUGGACUGCAACACCUGCACUUGUAAAGACAGAAAGUGGAUCUGUACAACCAAUCAGUGUGAUGGGACUUGCUCUGUGUAUGGUGCUGGACACUACAUGACCUUUGAUCAGAAGCGCUUCACCUUUGAUGGCAACUGUGAAUACGUUCUCACUCAGGACUACUGUGGCAGCGCUCAGAGUAAUGGAACUUUCAGAGUGAUCACUGAGAAUGUUCCGUGUGGAACCACAGGAACCACCUGCUCUAAGACCAUCAAGAUCUUUCUGGAGAGUUCAGAACUGAUUCUAACAGAAGGAAACUACAGGUUGCUUUCAAGUGGAAAUGAAGAGGCCACUCCAUUCCGUUAUAGCACUAUGGGUAACUACCUCGUAAUUGAAGCCAACAAUGGACUCAUUCUCAUGUGGGACAGGAAAACCACCUUGUUCAUCAAGCUCAGUCCAAAAUAUAAGGGUCGGGUGUGUGGGCUUUGUGGCAGCUAUGACAACAAUGCAAAUAACGACUUCACUACAAGGUGCCAUGCAACGGUUGUCAGCCCACUGGUGUUUGGCAACAGCUGGAAGGAUUUACCAAGCUGCCCUGAUGCUCCGAGCAUUAACAGCCCCUGCACCGACAACCCAUACAGACAGUCGUGGGCCCAGAAACAGUGCAGCAUCAUACAGAGUGACGUCUUCUCCACCUGCCAUUCUAUUGUGGAUCCUACACCAUACUAUGAAGCAUGUGUGUUCGACUCAUGUGCUUGUGACACUGGUGGAGACUGCGAGUGUUUCUGCACUGCUGUGGCUGCUUAUGCUGAAUUGUGUAAUCAAGCUGGUGUCUGUCUACGAUGGAGAACCCCUAAAAUCUGCCCUCUCUUCUGUGAUUACUACAAUCCCCCUGGUGAAUGUGAAUGGCACUACAUGCCUUGUGGAUCUCCUUGUAUGAAAACCUGCCGGAACCCUUCAGGCAGCUGCUCCACACAGAUACCUCCUCUUGAAGGUUGCUAUCCCAAGUGUCCCACUGCUCAGCCAUACUUUGAUGAGGAUACAAUGACAUGUGUCGUAAAAGAACAAUGUGGCUGCUAUGAUAAUGAGGGGAAACACUAUGAUAACGGUGACAAAGUGCCAACAACCAAAAACUGUUAUACAUGUACAUGCAGUUCAAUGACCAUCAAAUGUCGUUACGAUACUGAAGCUGAAACCACAACUCAGCUCAAAACAACUACUACUACAACCACCACCCCCACUACUACAAGUGUAACCACACUGCAGCCAAAAACAACUACUACUACGACCACCACCCCUACCACUACAACUGAAACCACAACUCAGGCCAAAACAACUACUACUACGACCACCACCCCUACCACUACAACUGAAACCACAACUCAGCCCAAAACAACUACUACUACGACCACCACCCCUACCACUACAACUGAAACCACAACUCAGCCCAAAACAACUACUACUACGACCAGCACCCCUACUACUAUAACUGAAACCACAACUCAGCCAAAAACAACUAAUACUACGACCAACAUCCCUACUACAACAAGUGUAACCACACCUCAGCCAAAAACAACUACUACGACCACCACCCCUACUACUACAACUGAAACCACAACUCAGCCAAAAACAACUACUACUACAACCACCACCCCCACUACUACAAAGGAAACCACACCUCAGCCCAAAACAACUACUACUACGACCACCACCCCUACUACUACAACUGAAACCACAACUGAGCCAAAAGCAACAACUACUACGACCACCACCCCCACUACUACAACUGAAACAACAAUAACAAUUCAGCCUACAACAACUACUUCAACCACCACAGACGCUACCACCACCCAGGCACCUACAGCUGGACCAUGCCCUGGGGGACAUGAUAUGAAAUGUGGUUGGUCAAAGUGGAUCAAUCUUGGCGAGCCCACACCAGGCCCUAGUGGUGGGGAUGAUGAAUCCAUCCAGAAAGUAAUCUCUGCUGGUUAUCACAUUUGCUCGGCUCCAGAAGAAGUCCAGUGCAGAGCCAUUAUUUACCCACAUCUUGCCAUCUCCAAUCUUGGACAAGCUGUGACUUGCAAUAAGAAUGUGGGUCUUAUAUGCAACAACAAACAACAAGGACUUCAGCAAGAGUGUUUUGAUUAUGAGAUUAAAUUCAAAUGUUGUGAGUGUCCAACAUCUUCUACUCUCAAACCAAGUACUAUACCUGCAACGACUUCAACCUCAACACCUACUACCACAACUGUGGCAACAACUCACUCACCAACAACUCUGACAACAACCCCUACUACCACCACUGAAACGACAACAACAACUCAGCAACCAACAACUACUUCAACCACCACAGAAACAACUACCACCACCCAGGCACCUACAGCUGGACCAUGCCCUGGGGGACAUGAUAUGAAAUGUGGUUGGUCAAAGUGGAUCAAUCUUGGCGAGCCCACACCAGGCCCUAGUGGUGGGGAUGAUGAAUCCAUCCAGAAAAUAAUCUCUGCUGGUUAUCACAUUUGCUCAGCUCCAGAAGAAGUCCAGUGCAGAGCCAUUAUUUACCCACAUCUCGACAUCUCCAAUGUGGGACAGGCUGUGACUUGCAAUAAGAAUGUGGGUCUUAUAUGCAACAACAAACAACAAGGACUUCAGCAAGAGUGUUUUGAUUAUGAGAUCAAAUUCAAAUGUUGUGAGUGUCCAACAUCUUCUACUCUCAAACCAAGUACUAUACCUGCAACUACUUCAACCUCAACACCUACUACCACAACUGCAGCAACAACUCACUCACCAACAACUACUACUACGACCACAACCCCUUCUACCACCACUGAAACGACAACAACUACUUCAACCACCACAGAAACAACUACCACCACCCAGGCACCUACAGCUGGACCAUGCCCUGGGGGACAUGAUAUGAAAUGUGGUUGGUCAAACUGGAUCAAUCUUGGCAAGCCCACAUCAGGCCCUAGUGGUGGGGAUGAUGAAUCCAUCCAGAAAGUAAUCUCUGCUGGUUAUCACAUUUGCUCAGCUCCAGAAGAAGUCCAGUGCAGAGCCAUUAUUUACCCACAUCUCGACAUCUCCAAUGUGGGACAGGCUGUGACUUGCAAUAAGAAUUACUGCACCUGCUAUUACUUCAACCACAACACCUACUUCCACAACUGUAACAACUCACUCACCAACAACCACUACUUCCAAGACCACAACACCUACUACCACAACUGCGACAACAACUCACUCACCAACAACUCUGACCACAACCCCUACUACCACCACUGA